CAGGGUUGGCUGCAGAUGACCUUAGGCAACCGCUGUUGCCAGAUCAGCGUUUGAAAAAUAAGACGCCCUGUGACAGUUUGGGAAGCCGCCUUCUGUGUAUUCUGUGGAAUGGACCAUGGAGCUCUGGGAUGUUCUGUAUUCUGACAGUCUCAUCCAUCGCGUUACGCUACCCAAACUGAAGAGCCCGGGAGGCUGAAUUUUAAAAAGCGUCCUCACUGAAUUUGCUUCAGCCCGUUAAGAGAUCGAGCUCGGCUCCUAACAGUAGAAACAGAUAAAAUCUCAUCAUGGGAGCUGUGGUGGUUGACGAUGGUGCUAGCGGAGUUAAAGCCCCAGAUGGCGGCUGGGGAUGGGCUGUUCUCUUUGGGUGCUUCGUCAUCACGGGAUUCUCCUAUGCCUUCCCAAAGGCCAUGAGCGUCUUCUUUAAAGAGCUUAUCCGGGAAUUUGGUGUUGGAUAUAGUGACACCGCGUGGAUCUCCUCCAUUCUGUUGGCUAUGCUUUAUGGAACAGGCCCCCUGUGCAGUAUGUGUGUCAAUCGGUUUGGUUGCCGUCCUGUUAUGCUGGUCGGAGGCCUCUGUGCUUCAGCGGGGAUGAUCACUGCUUCCUACUCCACUAAUAUAAUACAGGUCUACCUUACUGCUGGUGUCAUUACCGGACUGGGCCUGGCGCUCAAUUUCCAGCCAUCGCUCAUCAUGCUGAAUCGCUACUUUAGCAAAAAGCGACCUUUGGCCAAUGGGUUGGCUGCAGCUGGAAGCCCUGUGUUUCUUUGUGCUCUUUCACCCUUGGGGCAGGAACUACAACAUGAAUAUGGAUGGCGAGGAGGAUUUCUCAUCUUGGGGGGGUUGCUUUUGAACUGCUGUGUUUGUGGAGCUCUGAUGAGACCGUUGGAGGCUCCUAAAAAACCUGACGCUUCCCAAGUGGCCCCUGAGAAGCAAAAAAAGAAAAAGCUACUGGAUUUCAGUGUCUUCAGAGAUCGUGGCUUCGUUAUCUAUACAGUAGCUGCAUCCAUCAUGGUGCUGGGCUUAUUUGUACCCCCGGUCUUUGUGGUGAGCUAUGCUAAGGAUUUGAAGUAUCCAGAUGGCAAAUCAGCUUUACUUCUGACCAUUCUUGGAAUGAUUGAUAUCUUUGCUCGGCCUCUUUGUGGAAUAGUGGCUGGCUUGAAGUGGGUUAGGCCCCGUUGUGUCUACCUCUUUAGCUUUUCUAUGCUUUUUAAUGGUUUUACUGAUCUCAUGGGGUCCAUGGCCCACAAUUAUAAUGGACUGGUCGUCUUCUGCAUUUUCUUUGGCAUUUCCUAUGGAAUGGUUGGUGCUCUUCAGUUUGAAGUUCUCAUGGCUAUUGUUGGCACACAGAAGUUUUCCAGUGCCAUCGGUUUAGUUCUCCUUAUGGAGGCGAUGGCCGUUCUAAUUGGACCACCUUCAGCAGGCAAAGUCUUGGAUGCAACACACAAAUAUAUGUUUGUUUUUAUUAUGGCUGGCGUUGAAGUGGUCAUUUCGGCUUUUGUACUGGCUUUAGGAAAUGCCUUCUGUAUUAAAAAACCAGCAGAAACACAUACACAAGAAGAUGUCGCUGAAAGAGAAGAGUUAAACAAAUCUGGAAACGCCAAGGUGGACUCUAUUGAAGUGGAACACUUUCUGAAAGACGAAAAGAACGGGGAAGUUGUAACUAACCCAGAAACAUGUGUGUGAAUGUGACAUGGAUGAAUGCCAUAUAUUUAGAGGAGGAGUCAGAACAUUUCAACACUUAAUUUAUUUUAGAAAUAGGACUAGCUUAGGGCUAGGCCAUCUUGUUUGGGAACUGGAGGCCAACCAGCUUGUGAAAUCACCCUUUGGAAGCUGGCUUGUUUAAAAACCUUUCUCCCCACUUAAAAUGGGAUUGAUCUUCAGGCUAAGCUGCUUGGGCAUACCUACUGCUGUAAGCUAAACAAAUGGCCUUCUAAACACAUGUAGAGGUCCCACUAUGCAUCACAAGAAAAUGCUCACUUCGAUGAAAUUUUAUUUUAACUAGAGAGGAAGUGUACAUAAAUGUUCCCGUAAUGCAGAGGAAAUACCCGUCUUAUUUUUGUGUGUGUGCGGUGCACCUCAAUGUAUCUUCCAUGUCUUUGUGUGCUUAAGGAGGAAUGGCUUAGCAAGGAGAAAUCUCAGGGACUUGGUUGUCUCUAAUAGGUUUCCAAACCUAUCCUUUUCCACAUAUGUUUAGAUCGUUUGACUCAACCCUAAUCUAAUUUUGCUAACCUGUACAAUUUUCAAUAACUUUUUGGUUUGUUAAAUUGAUUUUUAUGAGUUUUCUUUUGUUUUUGUUUUCAUUGUCCUUUUUACUGGAAAUAUUAUACAUGUACCAAGAAGGACACUGCAGUCCGUCCCAGGAAACUCCACAACUGCUCUUCUCAAAUGACAUCUAGAGAAAAGCGAUGUUUUGUUCUAGCAGGCCAAAAGAGCAAUCCUUGUGCGCUCCCUGCUAAACUCAGCUUUAAGAACAGACCCUCAUUCAUAGAGGCAGUCCUUCCAAACACAGGUGAUGGGUAUUCAUUUCUAGAUGUGAGCCUCCAACAUUUGCAGGUUCCAGGUGAUACUGGAGGAGGGGGAGCACCCACACCUUGCGUGAUCAGGCGCACAAAAACGUGUUGCAAAAAGGUGCUAACCAAAUGCAUUUUCACGAAAACCGUACCACCUCCAUUUUGAGGCAUUCAUGGGAUUGUCGGUCAUUACAGGAUAUAAUGGUUGAAAG